AGGAAAGAUCAUUCAUUUGUGACAAAGUGCUGGGGAUUUUUUAACUGCCUUGCAGUUCGAAAUGUAGAGAGGGUCCAGUCUUGCCACAACAAGUGCCUGGGACAUGCAUAUUCGGGGGAAUUGUAAAAGCUUGCCAGCCAGCUCAUAUUGGAGGGAGCCUUGGACAGAAGGGUGCUGCUGUGCUGUGGACUGCCCAAGCUGUGUGCACAGAGGGUUGUCUGGGAACUUUUGUUGUUUAGGAAUCUAAAGCUCGCGUCGCUGUACUGUAGGCAAGACUGAGAUCUCCUCUGUUCUGCCUGCUGCAGCUCUCAUGCACAUCAUGACUUCUGAUCUUAGGGUAUUGGCAAUAGAAUGAACUGGAUUGGCAAAUGGCAUUAAUUAACACUCACCUUUGGCACUGGGAUGAGAGAGCAAACCAAUAACUCAUGCGCAUUCUUGGCAUUCUACCAAACUACUGGAGUCUCAAGCCGAUCCCAGCAUGAUGCAGAUAUCACAGGGGACGAUCAGAUCUCCAUGGCACCAAGCCUACCACUCAAGUUCGUCCACAAGCGAUCUCUCCGGCUACAAUCAUGAGUUCUUAAGAAGGAGUCCAGACCAAUACAGCUCGAGAGGAAGCAUGGAAAGUUUGGAUCAGGCUUCUGCUGCAUAUCAUCACUGCCAGCUUUCACCAGCAAAGUCCACCAAUUGCAUAGACCAGCUUGUUCACCUCCACAACAAAAGAGAUUCUGCUUAUAGCUCAUUCUCAACUAACGCUAGCAUCCCAGAGUACCAUAGCUCUCCUUUUAGCAAGGAACGUUCCUAUUCUAUGGAAAGUAUGCACUCUCGUAGCAGUGUGCAAGAAGGCAUUAAGCACGCAGACAUUAAAUACAUAAAGACAGUCUAUGAUGUACAGCGUGGAAUCUCAGAAGAGUAUGAAGUGAAUUCCUCUUCAGUAAAGAAUCCGAAUUACAGUAGACAGACCGCAUACAAUAGGCACAGUAUUGGUCCUCAUGGGAGUUUGGAACAGAGCAGAAUUUUUUCUGAGAGUAAUGGCUUUGAAAGAGCAGCACCUAUGCCUCCGUCUCGAAGCGACAGUUAUGCAGUAACAAGACAUCACGAAAGGCCCAACUCUUGGUCCAGCCUUGAUCAGAACAGGAACUUUAGAAUUCCUCCAAAAUCAGCAGGAUUAAAUUCUACCAAUACCACCUCUUAUGCUGUUCAGCAGCCAAAACAAAUGCAUGGGGAUGGACAUUUGCACACUGUACUGGAGAGGAGCCCAGAAAGUAGCCCACUAGUAAAACCCAAGCAGAUUUAUUCUGAAGCACCACAACCAGGGCAGCCUAUGCUUCCUACAGGAAUCUACCCUGUACCAGCCCCAGAACCACACUUUGCUCAUGCUCCUCAACCUCCAAAAAAUAAUAAUGGAAGAAUGUAUCCAGCACUAGCCAAAGAGGGGUCCUAUAGGGCCAAAUCUUCAGAAAAUGUUCUGUCCUACUCUGAGCCUAAUAAAAAUGAAAAUGACACCCAACAUUUGAGAAGUAAGUCUGUAGAUCAUUAUCCCAUGAACCACUCGAUUAAAGAAAGAGAGAAAAAGCAGGAAGGUCUCACGGGCUUUUCACACUAUAAGCUUCAUUUUUCUGCUGGGCCUGAAAUUUCCACCAGCUCUUUAACAAAUGACAGAAAUGAUCAACACCCUUUAAGACUGAGCCAUAUAGAUAUUAAUGGACAACAAAAAAAUGGCACAAAGAUGGCAGAGAAAAAUCAUACUUCAGUUCAUACUGAUGCUCAAAACAAAGAUAAAGGGCAGGAAUUCUCAGUGUAUGCUCAUGCAUUUCAAAAUGAGUGGAGUGAUACCAAAACAAAACAAGAUAUGCUUUCUACAGAUAUCAUGGAUUUACACCAAAAUUCACUCAGUAACAAUGCCCAUGGAGAGAAUAAUUAUCACAAUCACUUUAACAUUGCUUCCUCCUCACAUAGUAAAAUGGAUGAGAGAAACAAUCGACAGGCUGAUCACAAAAUUAAACUGGAGAGUCUGAGCUUUACAGUACAUGUUGAUGAUGGUGAUGGCCCCAGUAGUGAUCCACUGAAAUUUUAUGAGUCACCUGCCCCUUCUCAGAACAAAAGCUAUGAUUUUACAAGAAGAAGACUAAGUUCAAGUAGCUCCCAGAGUAGCAAGACAGAUGGCAACAAACUGUCUUCUGUUUUUGAUAAAGUUUGCAAGAUUGAGCAGCGGGAGCAUGAAACCCAGAGAUCCCAAUUUCUGUGUGGAAACAUUAGUCAGACAGGGUUUAGUACUAGGGGACAGAAUAACAAAAGUUCUUUAACCAUGGUUGAAGAAAUUAGAAACAAGUUUAUUUCCGAGGAUCAGACUCAUCCUAAUGAAUGGCGCAGACUUUCAAGCUCACAUAGCAUUGAAAAAGCUACAGGUAUGCAUCAGUUAACAAGACAAGGUAGUAUGUAUGGCAUAAAAACUGGGGAUGCUCAAAAGCAAAUGCCAGAGAGGCAAGCUGAAAAAAUGCAUUCAUAUAAUCAAGAACAAAACAUUUUGCAAACUGUGCCAGAUGACGAUAGAAGAAUCUUUGAUUCACAAACAAUGCCAAAUAAAGCAGAUGAUUGGCAAUGUGCUGCACAAGACACUCUGGGAUAUAACAGGGCUUACAGGAAUAGUGUGAAAGAUGCUCAGUGUAAAGUUCUAGAAGCCACAUCUUACAGGCGUAAAGGUUUAGAAAUCAGCCCACCUCACUAUAAAAAACCAGAGAAGAACGCAAGACCUGCUUCAGCUACCUUUAGAAAAAAAUCUUCAUCAUUGUUUCCUCAUGCUCCAAAAGAGCGCCACAGUGUCACCCCUACAGAUAACUGUGCUGGUAUCCAAGAAAGCCAAAGUGUUUCCUUCCCAUCCCGUAUUGGAGCCAAGAGACAGAUAACAGCUGAGCAGAAAAAGAGAUCCUACUCAGAGCCAGAAAAGAUGAAUGAAGUUGGUGUUUCUGAAAGUGAAUCAGCACCCUUGAUUGUAACAAGAAAGGAACCAACUGCUAGAUUUUCAGAAAACUCUGUGGCAGACAGAAGAAGAGUUUUUGAGAGGGAUGGAAAGGCAUGUUCAACUACCAACUUAUCAAAGCCACAGCUGAAACAGCUCCAACAGAAUGCCCUUGCAGAAUAUAUAGAGCGUAAGACAGGCCGAAGACCAUCCUCCCAGGAGACAAUGCUAUUAAAAGAAAGGUCACAAAGUACCUACUUCUCAGGGAGUAUAAUGGACAACCAGAGUAUGACCUCCACAUCUAGUAUGAAUUCUCUUCAUGAACGCAGUCUGUCCUACCAGCACAAAGAACCGCUUUCUAAAACUGGACGUGUCUCUUCUACUCUUCCUCCUGGUUUAACAGGCUUCUUUGACCUUAGCAGCUUUGAGAAUAACACUGAAUAUCCAGAGAAUAGGAGUCGUAGCAUCUCCUUUGCCCAUCAGUUAAGGUCUGAACUGCUACUUGAUAACGCAUCCAAGGUGGAAUUUGGCAAAGGCAGGCAAACUAACACGCCACAGAAAGUCGCACUGCAAUCAAAUGAUGUUGGGGGUAUGACAAGUAGUAGACCACCUGGUAUAUCUGCUUCUGCUGAGGAUUUGCUGGACAGAUUACCACAGGCACCUGCCCUGCAUGUGAGAUCAAGGUCAUCUCCUGCUAAUGAUAAGAAAAGUAGGGAAUUUAUGUCAAGGCAGGAUGUCAGCAACAAAACUUCAUAUGCCUCAGCUUGCAAUAAAGGAAUCAGUUUUAGAUCUGUAAAAAGCAAUCAUUUCGAACAACCGUCCUUUAAUGACAGUGGUGAAGACUCAGUUCCAGAAAAUUCUUCAGCUAUUCAGAAAUCAGCUCAAUUAGAAAACCAGAGAAAUACCAAUACUCAAAACAUUAGUCCAAGUGGAAAAUACAGCUUUAAUUCUGAAGCAAAGCAGGCACAAUUAGCCUUGCGAAUUCAUUCAGAUCCUCCUAAGCUGGCACAGAGCUCACUGGAUCAUGUUACACUUGACUAUAUUACUGCUGAAGAGUAUCUAUAUUCUGGGAAACGUGGAAAGGAAAGUGCUUCUCCAUUUGACAAUAAGGAAAUAAAUCACCAGGAAUGGUAUUUACCUGUAAAUAGUUCAUCUGAAGAUCUUAAUGAUACAGAAAGAUGUGCAAAAUAUACAUCAGCACAAAGGCUCGAGCCUUUUGAAACUAAAAGUGCCAAUUCAAUUAUUGAAAAUGUCCAACAAAAUAAAUCUUCAGGACCCACAGCUGGACCAACAUUUUCCACUAGUUGGAAAAACAAUGCCAUGUGGAGCAGCAGUUCAUCUGAGGUAGAGAUUCACCAUGGCAAAAUUUCUCUCCGUAUAUCCGAGUCCUGCCUACAGCCUCAGUCACCUAUGACUGGUCAAGAGGAUGAGGGUGACGAUGAGGUUUUUGUCAAAGAGCAGGAUACAGAAUCAUUUUCUGGGACCUUCAUUCCUCCAUCUCCUCCCCCCUUUCCACCUCCAAGCCUAGAGGAUGCACUGUUGAAAGAAAGAAUGGAGAAAUACCCAUUUGCUGCCAACAUUACGCAAGUAAAAGAGAAAAGCAAUAAAAGACAUCUUCGGUCUGCAUCAGAACAUACAGCAAGAACAGAAAGCAGUGGUUCUUACUUGUUAAAUUCGGGAAUCACCAAAAGGGACAUUGAAGGGCCACUACUUAAACUUUCCUCUAUUGUACCAGCACCUGAACCGUUGGCUUCUCCAGUUGAUGCAGCUAAACCUACUGAUGAAUAUGUAACCCAACCCCAUGGGGCAGACAUCAGUAUUUUCCAAAAUUCAGAGAGGAAUUUCAACCCCGCUGAUCAUAGCACCUUACCACAUGUUAACUCAGAUCUGAUGUUUCUGGAAGAUGCCAAAUCACAUGAGCUGGCAAAGGAGAUUGUGACCAAGGAUAAAUCCCUUGCGAAUAUUCUAGAUCCUGACUCCAGGAUGAAAACUACUAUGGAUUUAAUGGAAGGCUUGUUUACCAAGAGCAGCAGUGCACUAAAGGAAAAGAAUCAGAAGCGAAAAGCAAAAACGUGUGAAAAGAAAGAAGACAAAAGAGAAACUCCUGAUAAUACAAGCAGCUGCUCUCUGUAUUACUCUAUGUCAGCACCCAAAGCAGAGCUCCUGAGAAAGAUGGAAAACAUGCACACUCAAACAGGGGAGGAGGAACAGUUUGAUUUGAAUGAAAAAAAGGGAACGGCACCGGGGGUGUGGCCUAACACUGCAUGGGGUGAGACCUGUUCUGUGAGAGCUCCUGACUCGGGCCCAAUAACGUGGCAAAUCAACGGAGAAGCAGAGCCAAGACUGGGCUGGAAAGAUAGCAAUAGCCUCUUCGAUACACGAAGAUGGGAAAAUCCUUAAAGAAAAAAGGCUCCCCUACCAAAUUAACAGCCUUUUAUGGGUCGAAAAACAAGGGAAGGGACGCCCGGAGCAGACACCAAGAUGGCGACGAGAAAGAUGUUUCGCGACCAUCCUCUCCAGCAUCCUCGCUGGCACAAUCACAAUACGGGGAAAAUAGCCCGUCCCAAACGCAAGAAAGUCUCACAACGGCUACGCUAAAAAACCUUCUACACUCGCUGCGGAAAGAUAUUCAAAGCGACUUACAGAAAUCCAUGGCAGAGCUGCGUACAGAAUUAAAGGAAAUUGGAGCCAGAACUGCGCACCUCGAAAACAAAAUGGAGGAGAUGGUCGACUCGCACAACGAGGUUAUCGAUCUUACCUCGGUCUUAGAAGAGGAGUUAGCAGCCAUGAAACAGAAGCUAGCGGACAUAGAAGACAGAUCACGGCGCAAUAAUGUUAGACUUAGAGGAAUCCCAGAGACGGUUCCCACCAAAGACCUAACUGCGUAUAUACAAGCGUUCAUGGCAGCGAUCCUCCCUGAAGCGCCGGAAUCAGCUCUAAUCCUAGAUAGGGCCCACAGAUUGCCGAAAGCGAAAAAUGCACCAGCUCCUGCUCCAAGAGACGUGAUCGUGCGGAUACACUUCUACCACAUCAAGGAUCAACUACUCAGAGAACACCGCACCAAGCAAGAUUUACCGGAUACCUAUAAAGAUAUUUCCCUUUUCGCGGAUCUCUCAACGGCAACGAUAAAGAGAAGAAAAGAGUUUGCCCAUAUCACUGCAGCACUACGAGACCACAAAAUUAUAUAUAGAUGGGGCUUUCCCACGAAGCUGAUCGUCACCAGAGACGGAGCCAUAACAGUUCUUCAGACACCGGAGGACGGCCUGAAAGUUUUACCAGCAUGGGGUAUUCGAUUGGAACCUUACAGUCCCAAUUCUCCGGUGAAAAAGAGGCACAGAAUGGAAACGGAAUGGAUGACACCUAAAGCCCAUAUGAGACGCUCUCCAUAACCCGAGACAGUCUAAGUAUAAUCCUCUUUCUUUGUGUUUACUUAUACUACUUAGCAAGCUCUACUACCGUGUGUAAUUUGGGGCAAGCAGGGCCUGGUCCGGAGCCCCGUGGAUGCGAUCUGCACCCCAGAGGAAAAGUUUUCUUUUUGUUCUUUAUACCAACUCACCUCCCCCACAACUCUGUGAGACUGGCUGUUCAGAGUACUGUCUUUUUGUUCAUAUUUUUUUUUUUCUUUUUUCUUAUCUAACUUUUGGACGAUCUGUAUUUUACGCACGGUUUCACAGUUAGAUUCCCAUACAUUUGGGAAAGAUGAGGAAAUGGUUGUUCCCCAUACAUGUACAUAGUUGGCACAAAGCCCAAAAAUUGCUGACCCCCAGUUUUAUCCCCAUGAACGUACGGCACAAUGAUACUGAUUGUAUUUGUUUAUAUUUGCGAGCACUAUGCUCUACUACCUCUAUGAGAGUGACAGAUGUGAGCCCCAGGGAUCUCGCCAAUGGUCACCAGCACCGUUACCUAAGAAACAAUGGCGCUUAAAUGUAUAUCAAUCAACGCCAAAGGCUUGAACUCCCCUUUUAAAAGAUCUAAGCUAUUACAGGAGGCUCAUCACAGUAAAGGUGAUGUGGUCUGGGUGCAAGAAACUCACUUUAAUCGAGAUGCACAGCCCACCCUAGGGAAUAAACAAUUUCAACAAGUAUAUACAGCAUCAGCACAAGAAAAAAAUAGAGGAGUGGCCUUCCUAUUUAGCAAUCGCACUGGAUUUGAGUUGGAGAACCAAUGGCGAGAUCCGCAGGGUAGAUACCUCAUAGUGAUGGGACUAAUCAGAGGUGAAUGUUACACAUUUGUCAAUAUAUAUGCCCCAAAUAAGGGACAAUGUAAAUUCAUUGCUAUGGUGCUACGAAAGGUGGACCUGAUCAAAAAGGGUAGUACUGUUAUAGCAGGGGACUAUAAUCUAGUCCAAAACAACGAACUAGAUCUACGAAGGAGAAAAACCAAUAAUGUUAAAGUCAGGAACACUAUGUUUGAAACCCCACUGGCCAAGCUAAUAGCAACUCACUCUUACUAUGACCCAUGGAGAGUAAAAUUCCCGAAACAGAAAGAUUUUCGUACUUCUCUCAUGUACAUCUAAUGUAUUCUAGGAUAGAUUUUUUUCUAGUAGACCAAUAUACCUUAUAAAAGGUUACAGAGACCACCAUAGGACCCAUUACAUGGUCUGACCACGCA